ACCCACCUAGAGGGCCCCCUUGACGCCAGCGCAGCCUCUGCCGGGCAGAGCCCGCACCGCAGCCGAGCCCAGCCCGCUGCGGGCAGAGUCCGCGCCGCCGAGCCCGCCCGUGUCCGGAGCGGCGGCUGGGCCAGGGUACCGGCAGCCCCGGGGGUAGGUUGGAAAUUCCGGUCAGGGAAAAGGAAGCGAGAGCCUGUUGCCUGCACUGCUUCGAGGUAUACGCCGUCUCGUUAGCUUGGGCUUAAGAAUCUUCCCCAGGAUAUCCACCAGAGCGCCAGGAGUGACAACUGCUGUCUGGGAGCUGAACUGGGGAAAAAAAGGACAGCAGAGAAAGAAUGCUGCUUAGGUAACACGGGACUUAAAAGCUUUGCUUUCGUUUUGCAGCGUACAGAUUGAUGCACGUGGUUUUAUGUACAGUGUAACAUCAAAAUAGAACUAGGUUCUGCAGUGACAGUGUCAAUAGCUUAGUCAUUUUACUUAAAGGGAGCAGGCAGCCUUAUUACAGGGUUAGACAGCAAAAAUGAAUUUGGUCACGAUGUGAUCGUAUCUCAUGAUGGUAUCUAACUGUAGUCCUGUCCUAUGGAGCGGAAAAAGCAUACUUCCUUCCUUCAUUCUUAGUUGAAGAAAUAAACCCACAGUAUCAAAUUCAGAAAGAAGUUUGGGGUUGUUGUACAUGGCUGUUAAACAUCAUCCUGUUCCCUGGGCUUGUAAGAAAGGAAAGCUGCAUUAAAGUCAUCACUGAUGAAUAUGUGUCUAAGAAAGAAGAAAAAGCAAUAUUCAUGUCUGAACAUGGCAAAGCAAUCUGAAGUUACAUAUCUCCCCCUAACCACCGAUUUGGCAUGGAUGACAAGAAACUAUCUUUUGACUAACCUUUUCCAACUGUCCAAAAUGCUGCAUAUGAAGAUGCUUUAAUUCACAGUCAAAGCACUUGGAUUUUUAUCAAGGCAAACUGUUGGCAUUGUCAUAACAGUUUCUGUAUACUGAUUAGUUUAACGUUUUUUUAAGUAGCAAGUGAUGCAUAAAUGGAUGGACGUGUACCUAGAAAACCCUGUGAGAAGUCUUUCUUCGGAUCCUGGGAAUUUUUAUUUUUGUGGAUUACAGUAAUUCUUGCAAUAAUCCCUGCUGUUAACUGCUCAUGCAGUUGUUCUGGAAUGCAUCUAUGAAUACCAUAACAGAUAAAUCUGUCUGACAAGGAAAACACUAAUGUUGGAAGAUCUGUGAACAUGAUGCAUGUGAAUAAUUUCCCCUUUAGGAGGCAUUCAUGGAUAUGUUUCGAUGUAGACAAUGGUACAUCAUCGGGACGAAGUCCUUUGGAUCCCAUGACGAGCCCUGGAUCAGGGCUAAUUCUUCAGGCAAAUUUUGUCCACAGUCAACGUAGGGAGUCUUUCCUUUACCGGUCAGACAGUGACUAUGACCUGUCUCCAAAGUCCAUGUCCAGGAACUCCUCCAUUGCCAGUGAUAUACAUGGAGAUGACUUGAUUGUGACACCAUUUGCUCAGGUACUGGCCAGCCUGCGUACUGUACGGAAUAACUUUGCCGCAUUAACCAAUUUACAAGAUCGGGCACCCAGCAAACGAUCGCCAAUGUGUAAUCAACCAUCUAUUAACAAAGCAACUAUAACAGAGGAGGCCUACCAAAAACUUGCCAGUGAGACCCUGGAGGAACUGGACUGGUGCCUGGACCAGCUGGAGACCCUGCAGACCAGGCACUCCGUCAGCGAAAUGGCCUCGAACAAGUUUAAAAGAAUGCUCAACCGGGAGCUAACCCACCUAUCUGAAAUGAGCAGGUCAGGCAAUCAGGUCUCAGAAUAUAUAUCAAACACAUUCUUAGACAAACAACAUGAAGUUGAAAUCCCUUCUCCAACGCAGAAAGAGAAAGAGAAAAAGAAGAGGCCAAUGUCCCAGAUCAGUGGAGUCAAAAAACUGAUGCACAGCUCCAGCCUAACUAAUUCCAGUAUUCCCAGAUUUGGAGUUAAAACAGACCAAGAAGAUGUUCUUGCCAAGGAACUAGAAGAUGUGAACAAAUGGGGCCUUCAGGUUUUCAGAGUAGCAGAGUUAUCUGGAAACAGACCUCUGACAGUCAUCAUGCACACCAUUUUUCAGGAACGGGACUUGUUAAAAACAUUUAAGAUUCCAGUUGAUACUUUAAUAACUUACUUGAUGACCCUAGAAGACCAUUACCAUGCAGAUGUGGCAUAUCACAAUAACAUACAUGCUGCAGAUGUUGUUCAGUCAACUCAUGUCCUGCUAUCAACCCCAGCAUUAGAGGCAGUGUUCACUGAUUUGGAGAUUCUUGCUGCAAUUUUUGCCAGUGCAAUACAUGAUGUAGAUCAUCCUGGGGUUUCAAACCAGUUUCUUAUCAACACAAAUUCUGAACUCGCCUUGAUGUACAAUGACUCAUCAGUACUGGAGAAUCAUCACUUAGCUGUGGGCUUCAAGCUGCUGCAGGAAGAAAAUUGUGACAUUUUCCAGAAUUUGACCAAAAAACAGAGGCAAUCAUUGAGGAAAAUGGUCAUUGACAUUGUACUUGCAACAGACAUGUCUAAGCAUAUGAAUCUGUUGGCUGAUUUGAAGACUAUGGUUGAAACCAAAAAAGUGACCAGUUCUGGUGUCCUGCUUCUUGAUAACUAUUCAGACAGGAUUCAGGUUCUUCAGAAUAUGGUGCACUGUGCAGAUCUAAGCAAUCCAACCAAGCCACUCCAUCUCUACCGCCAAUGGACAGACAGAAUAAUGGAGGAGUUUUUCCGUCAAGGAGAUCGCGAAAGAGAGAGGGGAAUGGAGAUAAGUCCCAUGUGUGAUAAGCACAAUGCAUCUGUAGAAAAAUCACAGGUGGGUUUCAUAGACUACAUUGUUCAUCCUCUGUGGGAGACGUGGGCAGAUCUUGUUCACCCAGAUGCCCAGGAUAUCUUAGAUACACUGGAGGACAAUCGAGAAUGGUACCAGAGCACAAUCCCUCAAAGUCCCUCUCCUGCACCUGAUGACCAGGAAGAGGGUAGGCAGGGCCAAACUGAAAAAUUCCAGUUUGAGCUAACACUGGAGGAAGAUGGUGAGUCAGACACCGAAAAAGACAGUGGAAGUCAAGUAGAAGAAGACACCAGCUGCAGUGACUCCAAGACUCUUUGCACCCAGGAUUCAGAAUCCACUGAAAUUCCUCUUGAUGAGCAAGUAGGGGAAGAAGUAGAAGAAGAGGAGAAUCAGACAGAGCCUUGUGUGGUAGAAGACCAUUCUCCUGACACGUAACAAUGAAGACUCAGUCUCUUUCUCUGUUGCCCUCUCCCUUUCUUUUCUUCUUUCUCUUUGUGGGGGUUUUUUUUGGUUUUUUGGUUGUUGUUUGCUUUUUAAUUAGGUAAUGGUUUCCAGAGUGUAUGUCAUAUGCUACAACCAUGGUCACAACUCACUGUCAUCUUGCCAGAAUGUUUGUUGAUCAAAACUGACCUUGAUGACUCAGUUUGGCACUCAGGAAUAUUGUAACCAGAAUUUUCACCUCCAUGGCAUCAGAAAGCAGGGGGGAUAACAUCCAUAAACUACAUUUUAAUAAGCUCUCCAUUUGGCAGAUUUGAUUAAAUAAAGCAAAUGUUUUCAGAGGAGUACCACCUGCCAAGUGAAUGCUGGUAUGCUUUGAUAGUUUUUGAAUUCAUUGUAUUUCAAAAGCAAAGCAUUGGAUAAUGUUCAUCAUGAGAGGAAACAAAAUAAACUGAGGUUCCUUCUGGAAAACAAAGUGCACAUAAAUGAUGGCACACAAGAUGAUUCUGUUACCAAUAGGAAGAUGAGCUGUGGAAAUUGCAUAAAUUUCUAAUUUCAAGUCUUCCUAAUACGUGACUGAAAAAAGUGUGACCCAGUGAGUUGCACUAACCUCUGCAAUUUGUAUAGUAUGCAAAAGAGAGAUCUUUUGUAGAGCUUACUUCUAUUAUUAAAUGUACUGAGGUAUUCUAUUUAAAGAAAAACACUUUCAGACUUCAUCUGCCACUAGUUAUUUUUUUUCCAAAGACUAACUUGCAAGUUUUCAGUACAAAUCUGUGCUACACUGGAUAAUAAUUCUAGGUUUUUUUCCUUUCCUUCUGUUUUUGCACCUUAUAAUCUCAUGGUAAUAUUGAGCUAUAAGUCUAUUAUUUUAUAUAUUAGUGAGUUCCAUGAAUAUCCUUUAUGUUACAUAAAACUCUUUCAGUAUGAUAGCUUUUUGUUCGUUUGUUUUUCAUCACAAUUUUCCCAAACAUAUUAGAGGAACUUAACUUGUGCUUUUGCCCUCAUAGUGGACUGAUCCUGCGAAUUCUGUCUUACUACAGGAAGUGGUCCCAGUGAUACCAACUGGGACCAGUAAGCUGUGGAUUUGCAGGACUAGAGCCUGUAAGAAAGGUAAUGAAUUGUCAUCUUAAUACAAAAGCAGCUCUUCUUCUCUACUAAUAAAAUUCGUCCCUCUGAAACAUGUUUCCAGAUCAUUUUCGGCUGGGACCUAUAGACUGCUAAGUCAGAACAGGCUAAUACAAUGUAAGGAAUAUUUGUUCUGGUGAAAAAAGCAUUAAUGUAGUAUUUCCAAUUUUGACUCUCUUAAUAACUUUUUAUCUAUGUCAGCUAUCUGGUUAAACGAUUUGCUAAUCUGACAUGUGUACAACAUAAAAAUCAUGAUUAGCUUUUUUUUUGUCUUUGUUGCAAGAAGAGCCAGGUCAGUCUUGUCUUUCUAUGUUUUUAAGUAAAUGAGCAAUGCAUAAUGAGAAUUGUAGUUCACUCCACAUUAUUUCAAUCUCAGAUCUUUUCAUCCCUUAUCCACCUUGUGCUGAGGGAAUCCUGCAUUUCAGUUUGAUUGGUACUGAAAGCUUCUGUAAUUUGGAAGGUUAAAGGGAGGUAGGAGUUCAUAUUUGUCAUUUUCCAGUCCUGUUGUUUGGUCAUGUGAAAGAAGAAAGAAAUCUAUUUCCUCCACUUUACUCUUUAUUAAAAUUGUAGUUUUGAGCAUAGAAGAUGGGAAAUAGUUGCCUAGGGAAGCUAGCAGACUCCCACUCUGUAAAAUUCUGGUAAAAUGACAGUAUCAAAAUGAUUCUUUACAAAAGAUAGCAACACCCAUUAUUUCCCCUUUGGAUUCAUUUUGUAAUAAAUUUGCAACUAUGAAUACAGGGGAUUUUUUAAGUGUCUGAGAUCUGGAAUAAAAACCUUUUUAAAAACAAUUGGCUAGUAAUUCAGCUUUUAAGUGCAUUUUGCAUUAUUCUAUAUCCAGGUCAUAGUUUUCUCUACCUUUAGCUCUCACAGGGCCUUAGCACAGAAGAUGCUGAAGGAGGAAAGAGAAUGAAGAGAACUUACGGGUUUUUUUCAGGUUUUGACUGUUUUUUUUGUUUUUCAUCAUUUCUUCCUGAACCUGCUCCACCUAAAAAUCCUUUCAAUCCCCAAGAGUGCCUGGAACCUUAAUAAUGGAAAAGCAAUAUAAAUUCCAAAAUAACCAAUAGGGAUGUGGAAAGGUUUUGUAUCUGCACUAAUUGAAAGUAAAUGGAAAGAAUAACCAUAUGGAGAUACAUAUACAUACAUGUGGACAAUCAAAUAAUUGAAAAUUCUAUCAUUUCUUAGAACUGGGGAUAUAAUGCACUGUACAAUCUUUUUUCCUCUUUUGCCAAAGUGUGUUUUAGCAUUGUACACUGCUUUAAAACAAUACAAUUUACAAGUGGCUUUAUGUGUUCUGAAUAUUUUUGCCAUAAGUAAAUGCAGUGAGUGGGUAUUGAGUGGGGGAAAAAAGAAAAUUCACCUUGCUUAUAACAGUACACUUUAGCUUGCAAGUUACUGUACUCAAUAAUGCUGUAUUUGAAUUAAAUUGUUUUGUGUCAUUAAAAAACAAUAAUGAAAGAAUAUAGAUAGAAGAAAAAGCAUUCAGAAGUUUAAAAAACUUGAAUGAAAUGGAUUUUACAGAAGGCUUUGAUAGUUCUUUUCAAAUGUAUUAUUUAUUUUAUUUGUGCCAUGCAUUUUUCUCACCAAAUGACCUUACCUGUAAUACAGUCUUGUUUGUCUCUGUUUACAACCAUGUAUUUAUUGUAAUGUACAUACUGUAAUGUUAAUUGUAAAUUAUCAGUUCUUACUAUAACAUCAUCCUUGUCAGGGUGGUGUUGCUAUCUUUGGAAACUCUUGGUGAGAGAAUGAUUAUUGUGUAUACAUAUUCCUUGUACAUUUUUUUCUCCUGUAAUAUAUUCAGUGUCACCUUAGAGCUUGUUUAUGGAAGAUUCAAGAAAAGUAUAAAAUACAUAAAGAUAUAUCAAUAAAAAAAGCUGCAGGUCUUUGGUCCCAGGGCUGUGCCUUAACUUUAAACAAUAUUUUCUUCUGUUUUGCUGCAUUUGAAAGUAAGGUAGCUGUGGGGCUAGGGCUGGGCAUUUCUACCAUAUUUUUAGUUGCUAACUGAUGGGGUUACUUGUACAAGCUAAUAUGCAUGAUACUACAAUGAGCUUUCAUUCAUGACCCUACCGGAAGUUCAAGCUUUUCCAGACAUCUGGCAAUAUAAUUGUAUUGCCUGUCUGAUUGUCUUUUUACAGGCUAUCAUGAGGGAUUGUUGCAGCCAUUUUUUGCUCCUAAAAAAAAAAAAAAAAAAAUGGAUGCUGUAUUUCAGUACUGAAUUGCACUGAAACAGCUUUGGAAAGCAUCUCUAAUAAGCAUUUGAUUUUAAUGCAUAUUGGGAAAUGGAGUGAUCAGAAUUAAAAGGGUAUAACUCAUACACUUUUACAAUCAUCUGUAAUAUCCCUUCUUUAUUUAGUAGCACAAAUUAUCAUUGUAUAAGCAGAAUCCAUAAAGUAGGGCAGAAGACAACUUUAAUCUUGGAAAUGCUUUCCAACACCAAUAUUAGUGUUAUAAGCAGCCAAAGUUUUAUUUUAUAUAGAUGUAUCUAAGGCUUUGUACAGGUGUGUAUAGCAUAAUGCACUAGAUCUACAGGAGAGUGGUAAACCUUUAGAUCAGUAACACUAGUAUUAGGUUUGCAGGUUGGACUGAGCAUCUCUCGCUGUUUGACUUGGCAUGUUGUCACUUGUCAGACUACUUAGAGCUGAUACCAAUGAAUUUGCCAGAGCGGGGUAAAUACCUCCUCCAUUCCAGCGAUGCCCAGCCCUUGUAGCAUGCGACUUCUUUGUGAAAGGAGAGAUUCUUUUUCGAGGAAAAACAGAGCCUCCUUUUUGACACAAACUGUAGAUUUUAGCAGCCCUGGCCCAAAGGAAAUCGAUUGCUUUUGUUUUAAACGGUAUAAAAGGGACACUAUAACAACAGAAAUCCUGAACAAUUUUUUGUUAUUGUUUUAAUUUGAUUUUUCCUUUGGGGAUGUCUUGAGAGUGGCAACUUGUGUGAACAUUGCACAUGACUAUUCUUUCACUGGUUUCUUAGCCUCUCUUACAGCCUAUGGGAUAGUACUGUACAUCAAUACCUUCAUAUGAAAUUUUAUAUGCAAUGGAAAUAAAAGCAUGGGUUGAUUCUGCCUA